AUGGUACAUUGUGAGCUAGUAAGUUCUGAUGGACAUGUUAGAGAACAUAUCAGUGCAUAUACAACAAAUCGUGUAACUGGAAACUUGCAUGCUAUUGACUGGUCUAAAGAAAARAAUAAAUGGCCUCACUUAARGGAUAUCAACUUUCCCGUUCAAGGUAAACGUCCUAUUGUUGACAUGUUAAUUGGCCUUGAUCUCUCAGACCUACACUGUGCAUUACAAGAGGUGCGUGGUAACCAUGGCGAUCCCAUUGCUCGACUCACAYCAUUAGGCUGGACGUGUAUAGGACCUCCAUCUCAYAGACAGGGUGAUAUUGCUAAUGYAACCUACUUCAUCAGUGAAGAGAUGCAACUGAACUCCCUCGUCAAGCAGAUGUGGGAAAUAGAAGAACCAYGUCCACAYUCACUUAUUUGCCCAGAAGACAAAGAAGCURAACAAAUAGUAAAGGCAACACUUAGACMAUCUCCAAGCGGUUACAUUGUGGGAUURCCCUGGAAAUCAAAUGUUCCRUCCUUGAGAAACAAUUACCCAAUGGCAUYACAACGACUAGAAAGCACUGAGAAGAAACUAGCAAAACAGCCUCAAAUAGCCAAGUCCUAUCAGCAAGUAUUUGAUAAGUACAAGGAAAAAGGUUACGUGAAAGAAGUUAAGACGAAAUCUGAAUGUAAAGAGAAAGCCUGGUAUCUUCCACAUUUUCCAAUUGUAAGGAUGGACAAGUCAACUAGUAAAGUACGACCCGUGUUUGAUGCUUCUGCUCGCUACAAAGGUCUAUCACUCAAUGAUGUUGUUCACCAAGGUCCAAAACUGCAGAGAGAUCUUGUUGAUGUUCUUACAAGAUUCAGACGUUCCCCAGUAGCACUUGUCUGUGAUAUUACGGAAAUGUACUUACAGGUACACCUUCAACCCUCAGACCAAAUCUUUCACAAGUUUCUGUGGCGAGACAUGGAUACUACGGUCCCCCCAAGAGUAUAUCAGUUUACAAGAGUCGUCUUCGGUGUUAACGCUUCUCCUUACAUGGCCCAGUCAGUAGCUCAACACAAUGCAGAAGUUAAUGCCACUCAGUUUCCUUUAGCUGCUGAGACUAGAAGUUUCCUGAGUCGUACAUCUACCCUGUUUGAUCCACUUGGUUUCAUAUCUCCUUACACCAUAAGAGCUCGCAUAAUCUUACAAGAAAUGUGGACAUCUGGAAUGGCAUGGGACGAAAGCCUACCUGAAAAGUUGUCUCAAAGUGCUAUCACAUGGUUUGAAGAACUUACUGAUCUCUCUGAAGUCAAAGUACCUAGAUCACUCAAGAGGCCUGGUAUUGUUAACAAUUCACAACUUCAUGUGUUCACUGAUGCAUCCCAAGAAGCAUAUGGGGCAGUUGCCUACUUGAGACAUUGUUAUGAAUCUGGAGAAGUAUCUGUUCGCUUUGUGAUGUCAAAGGCAAAGGUGACCCCUCUUCAUUCAAUAAGCAUACCAAGAUUAGAAUUAAUGGCAGCUGUAGUUGGUUUACAAAUAGCAGAGAAAGCUGUAAGCAUUUGUGGACUAGCGAUCAACCAGGUAACAUUUUGGUCUGACAGUCAUGAUGUUCUCUACUGGGUUCGUGGAAAAUCACGUCAAUUCAAACCAUUUGUUGCAAAUAGAGUUGGGGAAAUCCAAUCCAAGACCGAUCCAGCGCAAUGGCGUUAUGUUCCAACAAAGAUCAAUCCUGCAGACAAGUUAAGCCGAGGUUUACCUGCAAGGACACUAGUUAGCGACAGCAUCUGGUGGGAAGGGCCAGAAUUUCUUAAGCAGUCCGUUGAAGAGUGGCCAGUUAUGAAUCUCCAGCUAUCCCAAUCACUAAACUCAACAGCAGAAACCAAAAGGCAGUACCUUGAUUGCAGUUUUAGUAUUCAACRAAUAGACGAAGUGGAGAAUAAUAUGUCAUUCUUAACACUACUGACGAAAGAAGACCGUCUCAACCCCACUCGAUUUUCAAGUUGGACACGAAUGGUACGUGUAGCCGCCUAUGUCAUACGUUUUGUAACCAACUGCCGUUUAAAGUCAAAGAUAAGAGUAAUUGGAGUUCUAAGCCCACUAGAAAUAGCAAAAGCAGAAAUAUACUACGUCAAGCUAGCGCAACUAGAGAACUUCCCAGCAGAGAUUGCUASUUUAAAAGCAGGAAAGAAAUUACCUUCUACCUCCAAGUUACUACCUCUUUGUCCAGRUCUUGAUGAAGAUGGCCUUGCUCGCUGCAAUAGUCGCUUACAGUUUGCUGAGUGUCUUUCAUGGGAGAGCAGAUUUCCAAUCAUACUACCUCGUAAACAUGCUGUCACCUCAUUAAUCGUUAGAGAUGCCCAUAUUCAGGCUAAACAUGGUGGGACAAACCAAGUUCUUGCUCAUCUAUCAUCAAAGUAUUGGAUUGUUUCGGCUAGAGAAGCAAUAAGAGAAUGGGAAAGGGAAUGUGCCACAUGUAAAAGAAGUAAAGCCAAACCAGCAAGUCAGAUUAUGGCUCCAUUAUCAGAUCUACGCACUCACCAGUCCCUGAGAGCAUUCAGUCAAGCUUCAGUUGAUUUUGCAGGCCCAUUUCUGACGAAGCAAGGUAGAGGGAAAACACGACAGAAACGAUAUCUUUGUCUUUUCACUUGCCUGUCUUGUAGAGCAGUGCACUUAGAGAUGGCUUACAGUAUGGACACGGACUCUUUUUUGAAUGCAUUUUAUCGUAUGGUAUCUCGACGUGGAAUUCCAGAAGUCAUGGUUUCAGAUAAUGGGACAAAUUUUGUAAGCGGAGAUAGAGAACUACAAGAACUUGUAAGGGCCCUUGACAAAGACAAGAUUCAAGACUCCACUGCUAACAAGGGAAUUAAGUGGCACUUCAAUCCCCCUGGCGCUCCACACUUUAAUGGUGUCCACGAAGUAAUGAUCAAAGCAGCUAAGAAAGCGAUCAAAGCGAUAUUAGGAAAUGCUGACAUAAAUGAUGAAGAACUUGGAAGUGCCAUC